AUGCACCUGUCGGCGGCCCUGAAACGCGAGUACCAUCCUCUGCACUACAUCGCCGCCGGCAACGGGCACAACGGUCCCUCGGCGCUCGGUUAUGGCAAUCAGGGAGCGGGCAAUGCGCAGAAUAAUACCGGAGGAGCUGGAUCGGUUGCGGGAGGAGUGGGUGCCGGCGGAGGAGCCGGCGGAGCAACUGGAGCUGCUGGCCAUAACUCACAUCACACCAUGUCGUACCACAACAUGUUCACGCCGUCCCGCGAUCCGGGCACCAUGUGGCGGUGCCGCUCCUGCGGCAAGGAGGUGACCAACCGCUGGCACCACUUUCACUCCCACACCGCCCAGCGGUCCAUGUGCCCCUACUGCCCGGCCACCUACAGCAGGAUCGAUACGCUGCGCUCCCAUCUGCGGGUCAAGCAUCCGGACCGCCUGCUCAAGCUCAACUCGUCCAUUUAA